AUGGCACGAGGCAAAAAGACGGAACAAAUCCCCGAGGAGCCGCCCUCGGUCCAAGAGAAUCUCUACAAGAUCCUGGGCGUUGAAGAAAAUGCAACCCCCGAAGCAAUUAAGUCGGCCUACAAGAAAAAUGCUUUAAAGCACCAUCCCGACAAGGUCAGCGACGAUGCCCGUGACGAGGCCCAUAAAAAGUUCCAGCAGAUUGCCCUAGCCUACGCUGUUCUAUCCGAUCCUCGACGCCGUAAGAAUUACGAUCGCACUGGCAAUACCGAGGAAGUCCUUGGAGAAGAUGGCGACUUUGACUGGAUGGAUUUCUAUCGCGAGCAGCUCUCCGCCAUGCUGGACACACGCGCCAUCUCGGAUUUCCAGAAGAAGUACCAGGGCUCCGAUGAAGAAAAGGGCGAUCUGUUGGAGGCCUACGAAACUCACAAGGGCGAUAUGGAUCGGAUCUAUGACUCGGUUAUGCUUUCCAAUGUCCUCGAAGACGAUGAGCGUUUCCGGGCCAUUCUCGACAAAGCAAUCGCAGAUGAAGAAGUUGAGACCUACAAGAAGUAUACCGAGGAACCCGAGAAGAAACGACAGCAGCGCAAGAAGCGCGCUCAGAAGGAGGCCAAGGAGGCUGAGAAGCUAGGCAAGGAGGUCGAGGAGAACAAGAAUAAGAAAGCCGCAGCUGCUUCCAAGGCCUCAAAGGGUUCUGCUGGAGGUGAAGAUGAUUUGCUGGCCAUGAUCACCAAGCGACAGCAGCAGCGUGGUCAGGGCUUCCUUGCCCAGCUGGAGGAGAAAUAUGGCCAGCCUAAUGGCAAGCGUGUUGCUGCUGAUGAGCCUUCUGAGGAGGCUUUUGCGGCUGUUGGUGCUCGUAAGAAGUCGAAGGUUACGAAGCCCAAGUCCAAGAAGUCUAAGGCAUAG